AUGAGUUCGAGUUUUUACAACUCGAUCAAUACUUCAACUGCCCUUCUUUCAAGAACCCAGUUCCCUGCUUUGCUGCCAAAAGAUGAGCUUUUUCAGAUUCUGCAUCAAUACAACAGAGAAAAUGGUCAGCUUAGGAAGACCAAUAGAGUUAAGGCCGGAGCUACGUUGAGGGUGUCAGCUUCUCUGACAGAAAGUGUUGUUACAAAAGCUGAUGAAGAGAUUUCCAAGCCAACCCAGAAGAAGCUGAAAUUACUUGUGGCUGGUGGUGGGAUUGGCGGGCUAGUUUUUGCUUUGGCUGCUAAAAGGAAAGGGUUUGAUGUUAUGGUGUUUGAGAGGGAUUUGAGUGCCAUAAGAGGGGAGGGACAGUACAGAGGUCCUAUUCAGAUACAGAGUAAUGCUCUGGCUGCUUUGGAGGCUAUUGAUAUGACUGUUGCUGAAGAGAUUAUGAGUGCUGGUUGCAUCACUGGGGAUAGGAUCAAUGGAUUGGUUGAUGGAAUUUCUGGUAACUGGUACAUCAAAUUUGAUACUUUCACUCCUGCAGCAGAAAGGGGGCUACCGGUUACAAGAGUUAUUAGUCGAAUGACUUUGCAACAAAUACUUGCUCGUGCUGUGGGUGAGGAGAUAAUCAUGAACGAGAGUAAUGUAGUUAGCUUUGAGGAUGAUGGUAAUAAGGUUAGUGUUACUCUUGAGAAUGGACAGCGAUUCGAGGGAGAUCUUCUUGUUGGUGCUGAUGGGAUAUGGUCUAAGGUUCGAACAAAUUUGUUUGGGCAUAGUGAAGCUAAAUAUUCAGAGUAUACUUGUUACACUGGCAUUGCAGACUUUGUUCCUGCUGAUAUUGAGACGGUUGGGUAUCGAGUUUUCCUUGGCCACAAACAAUAUUUCGUUUCUUCAGACGUUGGUGGUGGGAAAAUGCAGUGGUAUGCUUUUCACAAGGAACCCCCUGGUGGUGUUGAUCCUCCAAAUGGUAAGAAGGAGAGGUUGCUUAAAAUAUUUGGAGGGUGGUGUGAUAAUGUGAUAGACCUGUUGCAAGCCACUGACGAAGAGGCAAUUCUUCGGCGUGACAUAUAUGAUAGAACACCAUCACUUAGCUGGGGAAAGGGUCGUGUGACUUUACUUGGGGACUCAAUCCAUGCAAUGCAACCUAAUUUGGGACAAGGAGGUUGCAUGGCCAUUGAGGACAGCUAUCAACUGGCCUUGGAGCUUGACAAAGCUUGGAAUGAAAGUAAACAAUCAGGGAAACCAGUUGAUGUUAUUUCAUCUUUGAGGAGGUAUGAGAGCGCUAGAAAACUAAGAGUAGCUGUAAUUCAUGGUCUGGCUAGAAUGGCUGCAAUCAUGGCAUCAACUUAUAAGCCGUAUUUGGGUGUAGGACUGGGUCCCUUAUCAUUCUUAACAAAAUAUAGGAUACCACACCCGGGCAGAGUUGGUGGAAGAAUAUUUAUAGACAUUGGGAUGCCCUUGAUGCUAAGUUGGGUCCUUGGUGGCAACGGAUCAAAGCUUGAAGGCAGACCACAGCACUGCAGGCUUACAGACAAAGCCAAUGAUGAAUUACGAAAAUGGUUUGAAGAUGAUGAUGCUCUGGAACGCGCUCUCAAAGCAGAGUUAGUAUAUAGCCAUCUUGAUGUCUCUUUCUUAAUUUCAUAGUCAAGAUAGAUAACGAGGGGUCCCUGUCAUUAAUCUUUCUCUUGUGACCUAUAGGUGGUUCCUAUUCCCGAUUGGUCAAGUGAAUUCUGAUUCGGAAGCCAUUUUCUUGCGCAAAGACAAGGAAAAUCCCAUUACAAUUGGGAAUGCUACUCAGGCUGAUACUACCGGAGUUUCGAUAGCUUUAUCUUCACCUCAGGUGAUAUAACUUAGCUAGUUUCUAAUUACCGCUUACAGUAACUCCCGGUUGCCUACCUUCCUAAAUGAAGCAAAACAUGGAUUCAGGUCUCCAAAUUGCAUGCACAAAUAAGCUACAAAGAUGGACAUUUCUACGUGACUGAUUUGCAAAGUGAAUUUGGCACCUGGAUUAUUGAGUAAGUCACAAGAAAUAUGGUUACCGCGAAAGGCUAUGUGAUGAGCUUUUUCUGUUUAGCACUAAUGUUAUUGAUCAAUGAUUUAAUGUAAAAUUGCAGCAAUGAAGGAAGGCGCUACCGGCUCCCUCCAAGCACACCAACCCGUUUCCGUCCAUCAGACUCCAUCGAAUUCGGCUCUGACAAGGUCCUUAUAAUUCUUCUCCUUCCUUCCUUGCUUCUUGGCUUUUAGUCUUAUACAACUACCAUACAGUUAAAAAGUAUAGAAACACGACGCCAACCAAUUAUUUUCUUUAUCAAUUUUCAGGCUGCAUUCCGGGUGAAGGCAAUGAAGAAUUUACCUCAAAUAACGUCAAAGAAUCCAGAGAAGGAAGUCGUUUCGGCUGUGUAAGAUGUAAAUGGAAGUCCCAGGACGGAUACACACGAAAGUCCUAUAGCAAUUUUGUUAUGGCAGCGUUAAUUAGGAGCCUGGUAAAACUGUAAAGUUGCACUUGCUGCCGGUUUGUGUAAAGUAGAAAGUUAUGUAGUAGUAACACCUACCUUUAUGUAAAAGGAAAACAAGAGAAAGACGGUGAAACAUGCGUACAUAGGGUGGAUUGAUUUGGGAAUGUCAUAGAACAGAUUACAGCUAAAGAUACUUUUGUAAUUUUAUAACAGAACUGAUGACCAAUUUGAUUCAUUGUCACCUGUCAUCUUCUAAUAUUUACUUGGAAAUGUUAUAAGAAAGCAGACCAUCUGAUUCUUUUUGUUA